GAGCAGCGACCCGAGACCGACCAGCCUUUCUUUUACCUACAAGCAUUCACCUACUACGUCAGGCCCACCCGGCACAUCAACAACGAACGAAAACUCCGGGCGUCCCCGGGUUCUGGGGAUCUCGUCAUCUAGAUCCUCUUUUUGCUCCAAAUUCGACGACUUACUUGCAUUAACUUGGGUCAAACCGCUCUUUCUUAAUGCGCCGAGCUUCUGUUUUGUUAAGCUUGCUUCAGGAGCUGCAGUGAGCGGUGAUGCAGCAUUCGGCCAUUCUUGGCGGCUCGGCAGCGACUUGCUAAUACGCCACACACACCUGACAAACGACCGAAAUGUCAACGUUGCCAACAUCAUGCUUAUACAGCCGCUUCCCGAGGAUGUGGUUGCACAGAUCAAGUCCUCGACAGUCAUCACAUCGUUGAAUGCUGCAGUGUGUGGUUUGCUCCAGAACUCGCUGGACUCCGGCGCAUCCAAAGUCAACAUCUCCGUCGACUACAGCCGUGGAAACUGCACUGUGGAAGAUGAUGGUUGUGGCAUUACCCCAGCCAGCUUUGAGCAGGGUGGAGGUUUAGGCCAACUCCACUACACAUCGAAAUACCCCCCUCGCCCUGAGUGCCAUGGGAAACGUGGGGAGUUCUUGUCCUCCCUGGCAGCCUUGUCGUUGCUCUCUGUAGCAUCACACCACCGGGAUUACCGAACACAUAACUCUUUGACCAUCCACAAUUCCAGGGUAAUCUCGCGCAACCUUCCCGCCCCGCCAGAGCAAAGAGUGUUGGCCUUCAUGAGCGGGACCCGCGUUGGCGUUCGUGACCUGUUUGGCUCCAUGCCGGUCCGCGUCAAGCAGAGAGCGAUCGAGGUGGAACGAGCGGGGACGUCUAAGGAAUUCGACCAGCUCAUCUUCAAAAUCGUCUCUACCCUCCUGCCCUGGCCAGGGGAAGUUUUUGUGUCGGCCCAGGACUCGUGUGCUCGCCGAACAGUCUCCCUCCAAGUACCGAGCGAUGUGGGCUUAAGCCGAACCUCCGGAAGUACGGGGCCCAGUAUUGCCUCGCGGACAACGUCACUCCUGACGCAGGCUUCUCUACUAAACGGCGAGAACCUUAAGUUGUGGGUUCCAAUUGGAGCCACCGCAUCCGGAAUCUCCGUUAGAGGAUGUGUAUCCCUCCAGCCAGCCGCGACCAAACGUGUGCAGUUCAUUGCUCUCGGUAUUCAGCCUUUGCUAAACGAGCAUGGCUCGAAUUUAUUCUACGACGAUGUCAACCGCAUGUUUGAAAUUUCUAAUUUUGGCAUGAUCGAAGAUGCCACCAUCCCCAAAGACGAGUAUCCCUCCGAAACCCAACUGUUUACGAGCAAACAGCUCAAGCCAAAGAGGGGGGUUGACCGGUGGCCCAUGUUCUUCCUUCAGAUCAUGCUAGAUUCAGAAGCAAGCUUGGUGGGCGUGGACGAGCUGCUCGACGAAAGGCGCCAAAACGUUGCUCUGAUUGCGGACCUCCUUCAGGUGAUGACAUACGAAUUCCUAAAGAAACACCAUUUUCGCCCGAAGUCUACCGCUGCCGUCGAGCGGCUGAAACGGCCAAAACGUAACUCAGCUGUUGUGCCUUCACCGCCGCCCACAGGCCUAUCUGCAGGACGCAGGAAUGGUCAAGUAGGCCGAAGGGACGGACGAUCCCCUUCUAGCCACAAGCCGCGCAAACACAUCCGACCGCCCUCAAAUACCCAUACCGACGGGAAACAACUGGCGUCUCCCUUCAUGUUCUGGUCGAAGACAAAGCCUCACACGCAAGAGGACCCAGGGUUGAAGACCACGGGCUCCCCCACGACUGCUCAAAACAUCUUAGCAGUGACUCGCAAACCGGAAAAUCUAUUAUUUGAUAAGUCCGGCGGCCUCCUACGAAAGCCAUUCGACGAUGUUGCCGACACUACCACUGCUCCAGGGAACGAUCCGUCCGGUAACCCGCCGUGCGACCUAGAGGUUGAUACGAGGAUGGGAAGUGCAAGGGAUACGGUUGUUUGGGUUGAUCCCACCAGCAAAAUCAAGUCACUUAUAGACUCCCGCACAGGAUUCGCCGUCAAACCAAGCGCCCGAGUAUCAAAAACAAUUCAGCCCCGACCAGGGAGCAACGAACGGUUGGGGGAUAUUUCUCGAUCCAAAAGGUGGAAGCCUACCGAGGCCGAGGAGCAUAAAACUACCAUCCAGGCAACGGAAUCGCGAAUACCCCAGGUCUUCCAAGCCUUCAAUUCUUUCUGCUGCGAUCAUGGCGGUGGGAACUUCGAAUCUCGAGACCUUGGGAACCUGACUGCCGCGGAAUAUUCGAAUGGAAAUGUGCUGGCCACGCUUGAGGGCCGCAUCUCGAAAGCAUCGUUACGACUAGCUGACGUCGUGGCUCAGGUGGAUCAGAAAUUCAUCCUGACUAAAGUGGGAGCAGAUCCUCCACCAACCUCAACAGGAAGCAGGUUGGAAUCGGAUCACCUGCUUAUCCUCAUCGACCAACACGCCGCGGAUGAGAGAUGCAAAGUCGAGAAUCUACUCGCAGCUUACUUCGUUCCUGGCCCAACACCGGAGGGCCAGCUAGUUGCCCAAACCCAACCUUUGGACAAACCACUGCGUUUCGACGUUUCUAAGCAGGAUGGAGAGCUUCUCGCCCGAUUCAGAAAGCAUUUCGCACAUUGGGGUGUCGUGUACGAAGUCACACCCGAACCACUGCCCCGAGUCACAGUUGAGGCCCAAAGCUUACCACCGAGUAUUGUGGAAAGAUGCCGCUUGGAACCCCGGCUUCUGAUCGAUUUGCUCCGCAAAGAGGUGUGGAAGCUCCACGACACAGGCAGCAGUGGGACGACGAAACCGGUGCUCGCCGGCCGCGACAACGGCUGGGUGGCAAGAUUUCAUGAUUGCCCUGAUGGUAUCAUGGACUUGAUCAACUCUAGAGCUUGCAGGAGUGCGAUCAUGUUCAACGAUCCCCUCACGGUAGAACAAUGUUCGGGGCUUGUACACCAGCUAGCAGCUUGUGCGUUUCCGUUUCAGUGUGCUCAUGGCCGGCCAUCAAUGGUUCCCCUAGUUCAUCUCGGCCAAAACAGCAUAAUUGGCUCAGGUAGGAUAGAGCCCGGAGAGAAGGGAGACUUGUUGCGUGCUUUGAAGAGGUUGAAGCGCGCCUCGGGGGAUUCGGCUUGAUUUUAGGUUGGAUAUUGUUAGAACCGUCUGACACGCCUUCUAAUAAUUAAUAUAAUUUUGAAAAUCCCGCAGCCGUUCCUCCUUUGUGUCGUGGUAAGGUCCAUAAUGUUUUGGGAUUUAGGGGGUUUGUUUCGAG